UCGUCGUAAGCGGCUGAUCGCAGACGGUAGUCAGUAAUUAUCUUUUGAGCUUGUCCUCUGUCUGUCUGACUGUCUCUUUCUCUCUGUCUCUCUAUCUCUCUCUGUCUCUCUCUCUUUCUCUGUCUCUUUCUCUAUCUAUCUCUAUCUCUCUCUCUCUCUCUCUCUCUCUCUCUCUCUCUCUCUCUCUCUCUCUCUCUCUCUCUCUCUCUCUCUCUCUCUCUCUCUCUGCCGUUGCGGUUGUGAAACGGUAGUUUGCGUCGGAGCGUGGCUGCGCGCGAGCAACAUAAGACUUCUGCAAUGAAGAACGCGCUACACGCGACGGACGAGCCGACGGCCACGGCCACGGCUUGGAGGUUGUCGGAAGAGACGAUGAACGAGGAGCUACGUCAGGAGCGUCAGCGCUGCAGCUUCGAGCCGCAGGAGCUGACGCAUCUGCUAGAUGGCAGCCCCGAGAAAACGACGCUGCGCCGGGAACGAGAGGAAUACUUCUUGAGCGAUCCGGAGUUGUCGGAUAAAGUUCCUGCAAAGUACAAAAGUCACAAGGAAGUCUACGAAGACGCCGUUCGCAAGGGAUGCCUAAUUUUGAAAAAGGUGCGGGAACUUCAAAAUAUGGGAAAGGGAGACAUGGAUGUGUUCACGCAGGUGCUGGGCGGCACUCUCGGCUCGGCGAUACUCAAAGACGGGAACCCCUUGUCGUUGCACUGGGUGAUGUUCAUCCCAGCCAUCAUGGGCCAAGGUAGCGUCGAGCAGCAGGGCUACUGGAUAGCGCGAGCCUGGUCGUCCGAGAUCAUCGGCACUUACGCGCAAACGGAACUCGGCCACGGAACGUUCAUCAGGGGCUUGGAAACGACCGCGACUUACGAGCCGUCCAGCCAACAGUUCGUGCUCAAUAGCCCAACGUUAACUUCGUACAAGUGGUGGCCAGGAGGACUGGGACAGACGGCAAAUUACGCCGUAGUCGUGGCGCAACUGUACACCAAGGGCGAGUGCAAGGGCAUCCAUCCGUUCAUCGUGCAGAUCAGGGACGAGGAGACGCACGAGCCGAUGCCCGGCAUCAAGAUCGGCGAAAUCGGCACGAAGCUGGGAAUGAACGCGGUGAACAACGGCUUCCUCGGCUUCGACAACGUUAGGAUCCCCAGAGAGCAGAUGCUCAUGAAAAACUCGAAGGUGCUGGAGGACGGCACCUACGUGAAGGCCCCUUCGGACAAGCUGACCUACGGCACGAUGAUGUUCGUGAGGGUGGUCAUAGUGAGGGACGUGGCGAGGUAUCUGGCGAAGGCGGCCACGAUCGCCAUCAGGUACAGCGUGGUGCGCAGGCAGGGCCAGGCGAAGCCCGACGGCCCGGAGACGCAGAUCAUAGACUACGUGACGCAGCAGCACAAACUGUUCCCCAACUUGGCCGCGUGCUUCGCGCUCGUCUGGGCGGCCGACUGGAUCUGGGAGAUGUACAAUAACGUGACCGCCGAGCUGGACCAGGGCGAGCUGGAGCGGCUGCCGGAGCUGCACGCGCUGGCCUGCUGCCUGAAGGCCGUGGCCACGGCCGACGCGGCCGGCGGCGUGGAGCAGCUGCGGCUGGCCUGCGGCGGCCACGGUUACAUGGACGCGAGCAACCUGCCGGCCACCUACGGCCUCGUCACCGCGGCCUGCACCUACGAGGGCGAGAACACGGUGCUGCUGCUGCAGACCGCGCGCUACCUCGUCAAGGCCCGGCGCCAGGCCGUGAGCGGCGACGCGCUGCCGCCCACGGUCGACUACCUGCAGCUGCUCUCGCGCAGGUCCAAGCAGCGCCCCUGGAGGAACAGCUCCGACUGCGUCGUCAGGGCCCAUCAGGCCGUCGCCGCCGGGAAAAUCAAGCAGGCCGCGGACAACCUGGACCGGCGGUUGCGCUGCGGCCUGGCCCCCGAGGACGCCUGGAACGAGACCAGUAUCGAGCUGGCCCAGGCGGCCGAGGCGCACUGCCGGGCCUUCAUCGUGCUGCGUUUCGUCGAGGCCGUCAGGGCCCUCGCUGCCAGCCUGUCCAGGCCCCUGCACCAGGCGCUGCUCGACCUCUGCGAACUCUACCUCGCCAACUCCGUUCUGCUGCGCCUCGGCGACUUCUUGCGCUUUUCCUGCCUCCAAAACCAAGACGUGCCCGGCCUGCAGAGGAGGCUCGAGGAGCUGCUGGCGCUCGUGCGAGUCAACGCCGUCGGCAUCGUCGAUGGUUUCGACAUUCGCGAUGAGAUUCUCGGCUCGGCCCUCGGAGUUUACGACGGCAACGUUUAUCAGCGACUCUACGACGAGGCCAUGAAGAGUCCCCUCAACCAAGAGAAAGUCAACCAAUCUUAUCACAAGUACCUUAAGCCUUUCAUGAAGAGUCAUUUAUAGUGUUCCGACUGAUAUUUUUCAGCCAACCUUCGUACCCAAUUUAUUCUCGCCCCGGGCACAAUCCGUGUAAGUCAAUGCACCACGCCAUCAAACCAGGUUUUUAUCAACAUUCAUCGUUUCAACAUCCCUUGCUACCUUUUACAGAAUCACUCUUUAUCACGCAGUCAUUUAAUUUAAACCAAUUUAUCAAACCUAUAAUAUUACAUGAUACGCAAAUGGUAUAACGGCUACACAAUGUCAAAUCAGAUUCAGAGAUCUUUCGAAUCGGGAAUUAUAUUAUCUGUGGUGCACCACAAAUUGAGAUCAUUCCAAGAUUUUUUUACGUAUUCGAAACUCAAAGUUACAUUUGGCACAUGCAUGUAAAUCGAUUGAUUCGUUAGAAAGAUAUGCGAGAAGAUACGUCAAAAAUUCAGAUCGUACACCAACUUUCCUAAAACUCCUUUUUCAAAUCAGCUAAAAUACUUGAAGGUUUCAAAUUUAGGUCAUACCAUGAUCAAACCUAUAAGAUCGUGGAUCGUAUUUGCAUGAAUUAUUAUAUAUUUACAAAGGUAAUAUUUCCAAUCUAAUGUAAGAAUGAUAGUAUUAGAGUUUUAACAAUUGCUUGAUUGCUAAUGUUGUUACUAAAUAUUUAAUUAUCAAGUCGACUGAAUUGAGCAUCAGCUCGGUCGAAAGUAUUGACUUAUUGAUCUAGAAUUGUAUUUUCGAAUGUCUUCAUAGAAAUGUUUCUUGUGUUUCGGAGCAAUUUUGAGAUAGGUUGUACCACUUAAAUUAAAAACCUUAAGCGAUUUUCUUAUAUACUUUUUAAAGAGAAAUCAAAUAGAAUCAAUCUAUUUGGACAAUAUUUUAUUUUUUUCCGAAAAAACUGAUUUAUGAAGAACUUUAAAACUAAAAAGUAGUAUUUUGAAGAUUUGAGCUUCUAGAGCCAAAAAUCUAAGAAUGGUCUCCACUUUUGAUGUACAAAAGGUAAUAUUUCUAAUUCUAAUUCGGAUGUGAUUUGAGAUUGUUAGCCAGUUGUGCCUUUUAUUAAAAUGAAAUAAAUCGUGAUUCAUCAUAAAAAUAAGCCAAUCAUUUUUUAUAAGUCUCGAAAAUUAAAAAAAAAAUUAUGGCUUAAGUGCUACAAUGAAAGGUUCGUAAACAAAGCAGGACUAUUUAUAAUAUAACAAGAGUAGAAAACAGCAAGUUUAAAUGGAUUCAUCGUUGUUCGUCAACUUAUUAUUGUCAAACCCUUCUAGGUUCUUAUAAGAGAACUUGGUAUGUAGUACAAUGAAUUGAAAGUUUAUGUAAGUACAUUUUUUUAGUUGUAUCGAUAUUGAGUGGAAUAAAUUUCUUUGCUUACUUAUCCAUGUCAAAGGACAUCGCAACACUUUACGUGAGUGUUUCUUUGUACAUGAAGUUCAUCAAAUGUUAAGUUUGUCAAUUUUUUAAAUAUAAAUUUAGUUAGUUAUUUAUAGGAAGGUAUACGGGAGAUAUCAAUGAGAUUAUAAAUUUUCACAUUUAUUUUUUUAUCAAUACUGUUAAAAAAUAAAGAAAAAUAAAUACAUACACUUCAA